ACCCCGCUCCCGCCCGCCAUGUCGCUGCGUUUCUCUGCCAACCUCUCAUGGCUGUUCCCGGAGCUCCCGGCGCUGACAGCCCGGCUGGAGGCGGCGGCGGCCGCCGGGUUCCGGGCGGCGGAGUCAGCGUGGCCGGAGGGCUGUCCGGCCCGAGAGCUGCGGGCCGCCGCGGAGCGGGCAGGGCUGCAGAUCGUCCUCCUCAACACCCCUCCCGGGGACCGUGAGGCGGGGGAGAUGGGUCUGGCGGCCGUACCAGGGCGCCAGGCCGCCUUCCGCCAGGACCUGGCCACGGCGGUGCAGUACGCCAAGGCAGUGGGAUGCCCCAGGAUCCACCUGAUGGCUGGGCGGCUUCCUGUGGGCACAGACCGGGCAGCAGUGGCAGGUGAGAUGGAAGCCACCUUCAUUGAGAAUCUCAGAUAUGCUGCUGAUCUCCUCGCUCAGGAAGAUAUGAUCGGACUUUUGGAGCCUAUUAACAACCGCAUCACUGACCCCCGUUACUUUCUGAACACUCCGCACCAAGCUGCUGCCAUCCUGGAGAAGGUGGGACGGCCCAACCUGAAGCUGCAGCUGGACCUCUUUCACUGCCAGAUAAUGGAUGGGAAUUUGUCACGCAACCUGGAGACAUACUUCCCACUCAUUGGUCAUAUCCAGAUUGCACAGGUGCCAGGGCGACAUGAACCUGACAGCCAUGGGGAGUUGAACUUCCCCUACAUCUUCGAGCUUCUGGAAUCCCUUGGCUACACUGGCUAUGUGGGCUGCGAGUAUGCUCCGAAAGGAGGUACCUUGGAAGGUCUGGGAUGGCUGCGCUCAUACUGGGAGAGCCGAGGCCUGCAGGAUGGUGGGACCAGCAAGGCAGCAGAGUAAACCAAGGAAAACACUAGAAUAAAAGUCAAAAGUAGUGGUUUUACAGAGAA